AUGGUAAGACCAUGCUGUCCAAUCUUUCUACUCCAUCUCUUCGGCAUCUUUGCACAGAAAGGAGUUAGCACCAAGGAUGUCCUGUAUCCAUAUGGGCCCAGUCACAGGGAUCUAGAGACACCAAAGAUGGAUGAUGGGAGUUCUCCUGAAAUCAUUUUGCUUAUUCCCUUUAUUUUCUUUAAUGUGCCCUACCGUUCGAUUUAUGUAAACAAUAAUGGUGUGAUCUCCUUCAAUGUUCAAGUUAGCCAGUUCACCCCAGAAGCCUUUCCUCUAAGUGACAGCAGGUCCUUCAUUGCUCCACUUUGGGCGGAUGUGCACAAUGGCAUUCGUGGAGAUGUGUAUUACAGGGAGACAACUGAGCCAGAAAUACUGGAAAGGACAACACGAGAUGUCCGAAAGCAUUUCAAAAACAUGCCUGCUUUCACAGCUACUUGGACUUUUAUUGCAACAUGGCAUCAAGUCACAUUCUAUGGAGGAAGUCAGACUACCCCGGUGAACACUUUUCAAGCAGUUCUUAUCUCAGAUGGUGUGGCUUUUUUCUGUAUGUUCAACUAUGGAGAAAUCACAUGGAGCACAGGAACAGCUAGUGGUGGAGAUCCUUUAACAGGACUGGGAGGGACAACAGCACAGUCAGGUUUUAAUGGUGGAGAUAUUGGUCACUUUUUCAAUCUCCCUGGUUCACGUUCAAAUGACGUUGUAAAUAUUGAACAGACAACCAAUGUAAACAUUCCUGGACGCUGGUUCUUCCGCGUAGACACUGAAUUAAUAGAUCCGGCCAAUGGCUGCAGCUACAAUGGCAAGUUCAAACACCAAAUUGAUAUUGUCCAGAACAAUUUAUCAUUUUUAAGACGCUACUACAGACGAGGGGAAAUUUUCUGGUUGUCAGACCAGUGUUCACAGCGAUGUCGCUGCCUUGACAUAGAUAAUGAGGUGCAGUGCCUAGAAGCUCCCUGUGGGCAGCUUGAAACCUGUGAGCAGCAGGAAGGGGCCUUUUACUGCCAGCCCUCGCGCACCAGCACCUGUGUGGUCUUUGGGGACCCACAUUAUCACACUUUCGAUGGUUUCCUCUAUCACUUCCAAGGAACCUGCUCCUACCUGCUGGCUCAGCCCUGUUGGGAGAUGGCAGGACAACCCUUCUUCAGUGUAGAAGCCAAAAAUGAGAACCGAGGAGUUCCUUUUGUUUCCUGGCUUAGAGACGUCACAGUGGAGGUGUAUGGUCACAGAGUCAUGAUACCCAAAGGUAGUUUGGGAACUGUCCAGGUGGAUGGUUUGAUGAAGACUUUGCCUGUCCAGCUCCAGCUUGGUGCAGUCCGUGUGUACCAGUCUGGAGUUGCCACUGCAUUAGAAACUGAUUUCGGACUCCUGGUGACCUAUGAUGGCCAACAUUAUGCAUCCAUCUCCCUACCAAGCUCUUACUUCAAUAACACUUGUGGUCUUUGUGGAAACUAUAACGAUGACCCUGCUGAUGAUCCUGUCCUCCCUGACGGCUCUCUGGCUGAAAGCGUGGUGGAGCUGGGAAGCAGCUGGCGAGCAGAAGACACAGACUGGAGGUGUACAGAUGGCUGCGCACAGAACUGCAGUGUGUGCGACCCUGUUACAGAAGCUCUCUUUUUUCGCUCAGACUACUGUGGGCUUAUCAACAAAACUGAUGGACCUUUUCGGGACUGCCGACUUGUCGUAGACCCCACAGCCUUUGUGUAUAGCUGUGUUUAUGACAUGUGCAGCAAUAGGGACAAUAUUACCACACUAUGCCAAGCCAUUCAAGCCUAUGCUCUGGCCUGUCAAGCCCUUGGUGUCACAAUACGUUCCUGGAGGACUCGAACUUUCUGUGCAUUGCCAUGUCCGGAAUUCAGCCAUUAUGAAGUGUGCACAAGUGCCUGCCCGGCUUCCUGCUCAGACCUCACUGCUCCCCUGUAUUGCGCUCAUCCUUGCACUGAAGGCUGCCAGUGUUAUGCCGGCUAUGUUCUGAGCGGUAGUCGUUGUGUACAACAUGACGAAUGUGGCUGUGAGCACAAUGGCCUCUAUUACCCCCUUAAUGACACUUUUUGGGCAGGCUCCAGUGGCGAGGAAGGUGACUGUACCCUCCGCUGCACCUGCGGGGUUGCUGGGGAAGUCUCCUGUUUCAAUGAGUCCUGUAAGGAGGGCGAAGUGUGUAUAGCCGAGGUGGGCUUGUUGGGUUGUUACCCUCAGAGAGAGGGAGUGUGCUCAAUCACCCAGAAUGCGGUGGCGUCAUCCUUUGAUGGCACCUUCCUGUUGUUCCCAGAUGACAGCUCAUACUACCUACUGAAGCUUUGUGGUCCAGUACCAGCUAAUGGUUCAAUGGUGGAGGUGAAGAUUGGCAGGCGGCUGGUGAACAAAGGUCCAACAUGGAAAAUACCUGUGGUAGUUACAGUAGCUAACCUUGAAGCACACAUGGGAGGUUCAGAUUUUGACACAGUAAAGGUAAAUGGGGAAGCAGUGGCAUUGCCUUACGUCCAUCCAAUGGAGACAAUGAUGAUUUACAAAGCACCAGGUGAUGCUACUGUGGUGGAGUCCAGUGGUUUGUUACGUGUUCACUACACACGCCAGGGAAACCUCAAUAUCUCCCUUUCAACAAUUUUCUACAACGUUACUUGUGGGUUAUGCGGCGUCUUCAAUGGCAACGCUACUGAUGACCUACGUCUUCCCAAUGGACGCCUGGCAGAGUCUACUGAACAGUUCACAGACGGUUGGAGGUCAAUUGCUGAUGACCUCACUUGCAAUGGGGACUGUGAUGACCUGUACCGCAUGUGCACAGAUUUACGUCUUUAUCAGAGUCCUUGGAUGUGUGGUAAUAUCAAUGACCCUGGGAAUAGCUCUUUUCUGGCAUGCCACACGGUGGUUAAUCCUUCACCAUUCUUCAGGAACUGCUUGUAUAACAUGUGUGUAAGGGAAGGGAACCGUUCAGCCCUUUGUUCUUCACUCCAGGCAUAUGCCACCGCCUGUCAGGAUGCUCAAGUAGGCCUAGCUUCCUGGAGAAGCUCCACCAACUGUCCUCUUCCUUGUCCAGAGAACAGUCAUUUUGAGGAAUGCACCAGUGCUUGCCCUCUCACCUGUGCCAACUUGGAUGAGCCUGAGGAGCCAUGUCCUCUGCCAUGUCAAGAAGGGUGCCAGUGUGAGGACAGCUUUGCUCUGCGGGAUGGCCUGUGUGUAGCACGCAGUGAUUGUGGCUGCAUGACACACGGGCGCCAGUUGGCUACCAAUCAGACUUUCUGGACAGACUGGGAGUGCCAGGAGCGUUGCUACUGCAAUGGCUCUGACAACAGUAUAUACUGUCAACAUGCGCCUUGUCACCCCGAGGAGUACUGCCAGGAAAAUGAUGGCCUGUAUUUUUGUCAGCCGCGUACUGAGGCCUUGUGUGUGGCUGCUGGUUAUGGGCAUUUUCUGCCAUUCGGUGGAGUACCAUUUGAGCUGCAGACCUCUUGUACUCUCGGAAUGGUAACCACCAACUGCGGGAAUGAGAACAAAGAGCAGGCAAUGAUGAGUGGGUAUUAUCCGCAGUUCAGACUGGCAGCUCAUAAUGAGGAAAGAGACACAAGCCAGGCUAUCUGGGUGAGAGGCUUUGUGCUGGAGGUCUAUGAGUACGAAAUUGAAGUGUCUCGGAGCUACAAAAACACCAUCACUAUCAAUAAGGAGCGUUUGUACCUUCCUCUGAAGCUGGGCUCAGGAAAGAUCAACAUCUUCUCCUCUGGCAUCCUGCUCAUUCUAGAGACAGACUUUGGCCUGAAGGUUGCUUUUGACUGGAGCACUCUCUUGCUGUUAACUUUACCCCGAGACCUUUAUAAUACAACCUGUGGCAUCUGCCAGGGCAUGCCCUUAUCGCCACCAACCCUGACCACCACUGACUGGGGUAUGGCCUGGGCAGAGAGGGUUAACUUCUGCCAGGUGGGCUGUGGAGACUCCUGCCCACGUUGUGGCCUUGGAGAGAAGAGUAUGGUAAAUGAAGCUGCUCUUAUGGUGGCUGAUGGCAACAUGAACACUGGUGCCGAUGAUGAAGCAAAUGAAAUCGCCACAGGCAUUCGUUUCCACUUUGGAGAUGGGCUUUAUGUUUUUGUGGAACCUGAGGCAGUGAGGCUGUGUGGGCUAAUUGUGGAUCGGGGAGGUUUAUUUGCACGUUGUCACAGCAAGGUGGCACCAGCCUUCUUUUAUCAAAGCUGCCUGCAAGACACCUGCUUGGAUCAGGGAGCUCAGGAUACAGUCUGUAGCUGGUUGCAAAUCUAUGCCAGCACUUGUCAUACUCAAGGAGUGACUGUCACUGGCUGGAGAAGCGAUACACCAUGUGUCCAGAACUGUCCACCUAACAGCCAUUACUCCAGUUGCGUGUCUGUUUGCCCGCCCCAGUGUGCCCCAGCCCGUGGCCACAGAGACUGCAGCCAGGACUGUGUGGAGGGAUGCCAGUGUGAUCAGGGCUACGUGCUCAACGGCAAGAAUUGCAUUCUGCCUCAAAACUGUGGCUGCUAUACUGAUGGCAAAUACUUUGAGCCUAAACAGCUGUUUUGGAACAGUGACUGUACCAAACGGUGCCAGUGCAUCGGCAGAAACCUGAUCCAGUGUGACCCUAGGCGCUGUAAGGCAGAGGAAGAAUGCACCCUGCGGCAUGGGGUUCGAGGAUGCUUUGCACGUCGCUCUCAGCACUGUUUGGCAUCAGGUGGCGGAGUCUUCAGGACAUUUGAUGGGGCAUCUCUGCGUCUUCCAGCCUCUUGCUCCUUUGUCUUGUCUACUAACUGUCACAAGCUGCCUGACCUCUCCUUCCAAAUCAUUGCUAACUUUGAUAAAUGGAGUACACCCAACCUAACCACCAUUUCUCAUGUUUACCUUUACAUAAAUGAAGAGAACAUUCUCAUCUCAGGCAGUACUGUCAAGGUCAAUGGUACACCAGUUUCAGUCCCAUUUCUAACAGGACUGAUGACGCGUCUAUCCACAUCUGAAGGCUUCAUUGUCAUUGAUACGCCACAAGAUAUUCAGGUUCGGUAUAACCGCUUCAACACUCUCAGCAUCACAAUGGGCCAGCGGCUUCAGAACAAGGUAUGUGGCCUUUGUGGAAAUUUCAAUGGGGAUCCCAGUGAUGAUUACAUCACCUCCAGAGGAAAACCAGCUGUAAGUGCCCUGGAGCUGGCCCAGAGCUGGAAGACCAACGGCAUGCAGAACAGUUGUGAUGAGACCCAGUAUGUUGCAUUGGCCCAGUCCUGUGACAACUCAGCAGUCCUGGCUCUGCAGGGAGAGGAUGCCUGUCAGAAGCUGACCCAGCUGAAGGGCUUCUUCCAGCCAUGUCAUGGCCUACUGGAUCCAAGGCCCUUUUACCAGUCUUGCUACCUAGAUGGCUGCUAUAAUCAUCGCAAGGCUCAGGUCUGUGGUUCACUGGCAGCCUACGCUGAAGCCUGUCGCUCCUUGGGCACCCUGACCACCAAAUGGAUCACUCAGGAGAACUGCUCAGAAUGGAUCUAUGACCCCUGUGCUGGAGAGAUCUGCACAAACUUCACCUGUGAACUGGAAAAUGGUGGAGACCUGUGUGGCUGUCCUGAGUUACCUACCAAUCCUGCAGCAGGUGAUGACGAUAUCAUUCAAGCAGAGGUUAAUUGUAAGCAUGCUCAAAUGGAGGUCUCCAUCUCAAAGUGUAAGCUCUUCCAGUUGGGCUUUGAAAGGGAAGAUGUCAGGAUCAAUGAUGAACACUGUGCCGGCAUAGAGGGAGAGGACUUUAUCUCCUUCCAAAUUAACAACACUAAAGGACACUGUGGUUCCAUUGUACAGUCAAAUGGCACGCACAUCAUGUAUAAGAAUACUGUUUGGAUAGAGAGCGUGAACAACACCGGCAACGUCAUCACAAGAGAUAAAACCAUCAAUGUAGAGUUUUCCUGUGCAUAUGAACUUGACCUGAAAAUUUCCUUGGAGACCGUUCUCAAGCCCAUGCUCAGUGUGAUUAAUCUCACCUUACCGACUCAGGAGGGAAACUUCAUAACAAAGAUGGCACUGUAUAAGAAUUCCUCUUACCGCAACCCAUACAGAGAAGGGGAGGUGGUGCUCAGCACUCGGGAUAUCCUUUAUGUGGGUGUUUUCGUGGAAGGGGCAGAUGAAAAUCAGCUCAUCCUGAUAGUGAAUAUGUGCUGGGCCACACCAUCUCGCUACAGCAGUGACCGACUCCGAUAUAUUAUCAUAGAGAGGGGGUGCCCAAACAUUAAGGACAACACCAUUGGCAUGGCAGAAAAUGGUGUAUCCCUUACCUGCCGCUUCCACGUCACUGUAUUCAAAUUCAUUGGAGACUACGAUGAGGUCCACCUGCACUGUGAUGUUACGCUGUGUGACUCAGAUACUAAUGCCUGCAAAGUGAACUGUCCGCACAAGAGAAGAAUGUAUUCAGAGGACAAAGACCAUAAGGAGCACAUACUGAGUGUGGGACCCAUCAGAAAAAGAGAUUCUGACUGGUGCGAAGACCAUAAUGGAGGCUGUGAGCAAAUCUGCACCAGUAAGGGGACAGGGCCCAUCUGCAGCUGUGUGACGGGGAUGCUGCAGCGAGAUGGAAAAAGCUGCCGAACUUCAAGCUUGAGCUGUAACAUUUCACCAACAGUUCCUCUGCUGAGCAUCAGUGCUGUGAUCUCUAUGCACGUGACUUGUUUUCACAUCUCUCUCCUCUCCUAACACCAUACCUGUGAGCCAAAGGAGGGCAACAAAUGACAAACAGUCAGAAGACUUGAAGACCAGCAACGCUUCAGCAUUGAAUAGUCAGUAGAUCAACGGUGUUUUAGACAAAAAAAAAUGACAGAGAACACACUGAAACUCAUAAAGUGUUUAAAACUGAUUUAAUACAGCUGAUAGAAAAGUUAGAGAUGACUCGACAUAGAUAUGUACUUUGUGUUAACGUCCUCAUGUGAAGACCUCAUUGCCUAUUAUUCACUUAAAGCACAAUGUGUUGAUUUUUUUCCAGGCUAUUAUACUUGUCCCUAUUGAUUUUGUCAGUCUAUAUUCUCAAUGUGUUUUGGAUUUUGGCGGCACAGUGGUUAAUGCCAUCACAGCAAGAAGGUUCUGGGU